AUGUCCGCCUGUUAUAAUACCUACAAUGCGCAACCGUUCGAGUUUGAUGAGGUCGAGGACGAUGACGAUUGUUCCUUCGACAGCGGCUAUGAAAAAAGCUUCGAAACGGAUGUGAGCGCCAACGGCACAAAUCUCAUCACAUCGCGCAGACGUCUGGACUUUGAUAGCGUUGCGACAGCUCCCUUGUCUUAUGUGCCGCCCCCUGCGGGUAGCUGGGAGGCGGGACAAGUGGCAAUGGCAACCACCUCGCCACCGCCCGGCUUUGCAGCCCUGCUGGACACGAGCAGCAAUCACAGCACGCGGAGCGGUCGCACCCUUGUGGAGCAUCUGAACAGCAGAGCCGCUGCCUUCGAGCCCCAACUCACUUCGACGCCCGCCAAGUCUCCGCCGGAUGAGGAGACGGCAACGCCACGGGUAAAACGCAAAUAUGCCGUCGGCAAGAAUCGUGUCACGCGCUCCCGCAGCCCCACCCAAGUGGUGCGCAUUAAGAAGUUCCGCCGCAUGAAGGCUAACGAUAGGGAACGCAAUCGCAUGCACACUCUCAACGAUGCGCUGGAGCGUCUGCGCGUCACGCUGCCCUCGCUGCCGGAGGAGACGAAGCUCACAAAGAUCGAGAUCUUGCGCUUUGCGCACAACUACAUCUUUGCGCUGGAGCAGGUACUUGAAAGUGGCGGCACCAUUAACUUGGAUUUGGAAAAAUUGCAGAACUUCACGCUGAGCGGGGAGCGCAUCACUAAGGAGCUCUUCGAUGCGCUCUUCGUGAAUCCACAGCCCUUUCCCAUGUUCGGCUGCGGGCGCCUCAAUUUCCCCUAUGCCCAACAGCAUCCGCAUCCGCAUCCACAUUCGCAUCCUCAUCAGCAUGCGUCACACAUGCAGUAUCCGCAUUCCUUGGACUACCCACCAUCCAAUGGCGCUGCUGUCACAGACUCUCCAACCUCGGUGCAUCCUCAGCCUCCUGGCUUUGACUUUGGCACGAGCAUGCGUUACUACCAGCAACAACAGCAGCAGCGGGAGGCGCCACCAACGAGUCACUUCUCUCAGGAAAAAUAUGAGAUUUUCCGCAGCAACUUCGAGGUAGCUGCCAAUCUGACGCCUUCAUCCAUAGACCAGGUCAAUGCUACGACGUCCAUGCAUCAGCAAAGCAGCUUCUACUCGCAGACCCCGCCCUGGAAGGACUACAGCGAGGAGUUGGCUCCACAGUCGCCGGCACACACAUUCAAACAAUUUACCCACCAGGUAUAG